AUGUCAAGCGGUGAUUGGCCAACGCGUUCGACUAAACAGGCAAUUCGCCUAAAGCAACCCAGUGUUCCCAGUCCAACUCCUCCUUUCUUCACCGUCGACCUCGUCGCCGUCCCCGGCGUUGUUAUCCCUUUCUCGCGCGUCCAGCUCGCGCUACUUGUCGCCGGCCUAUUCUAUGUGCAAAUCUUGUUCUCCUCUACUCUCAUGAAUGAGUGA